AUGGAGACAGAGUUUGUUCUUGCCAGCUGGGUCACCAGCAGCAUCGAUAACGAAUGCGACUUAAUCGUACGCUCUCCGGGAGCCGUGUUCUAUCUUCAAUGGAUACCAUCGGAAUUCGAAAGAGCACCACUUCUUCUCGCGGAGUUUCUGAAGUCGCUUGACAUCUUAAAGUUGGAUCACGGCCAAAACACCGAUGACGACGUUGAUGAAGACAUGAUACAAGCAGAGAAACACAUUGUUCAGUUCCUCAGCAUUACCAAAUGGAGUAAUGGCCUGCCUCCCACAUUGUUCAUGGAGUUUAUCGAUGGGUCGCACCUCGCAGAUGCACAUCACCUAUGCCCCAUCAACAAUCGCGAGAUUAAAGAUCUCCUCAACCAGUUGCUCCAAGCCUUGGCUUUUCUCCAUCAGAGUGGAGUCACACAUCGAGAUAUCAAACCUGCGAAUGUGAUGAUUGUCCGGCGUGACGAAAUCUUCGUCAAGCUGGCCGACUUUGAUUUGGCAUCAGUAUCUACCACAAGCCUCGAAGAGUUUUGCGGUACGCCCCGAUAUGCUGCACCAGAAAUCAUGUUCGGGGCGAAGUACAACAGCAAGGUGGAUGUUUGGUCCCUUGGUAUUGUAGGGCUCGAAAUUUUGCAUGGGCUUCCUCGUUUUUCGAGGAAAGGCUGGCCGAAUAUUAUCAGGGAUCAUAUCGCCUCUCAGAACCAAACCCCGAUACUUCGCUUUAUCUCCAAGCUGGUUAAAAAGGGACCUAUUGAACGGGUCUCCGCCCAACAAGCAUUGGACGACGGGUUCUUCGAGGCCGACGGGGCCGCCAACGAAAAUGCUCUCCCUGGGGGAGGACAGCAGCACACACCAUGGCGACGCACAGCCAGCUCGGAGACCCUUCCAGACACAGAACCCUGGGGAUGUUUGGCAGUGGUGCCGGAACCAGGGUGCCAAGAUGUCAGCGACCCUAAGACUGUCACACACAUCAUCACUCCGUCGCGUCCGGAUCCGGCCGGACACGAUAGAUCUAGCGCUGGACCCUCUGUUUCAAGGCGGAAGAGACUCGUUGUCUCAAAGCCUUCCUCGGCCAAGGAACACAUAAGGUCCGCUGCAGAUUCUCUAUCUUAUUUCACCGAGGUGGAAUAUCAUGAAACAUUUUUAGCGCCCCAGAAUCGGUCUUACCUGCAGCUCGCAGUGGUCAGCCCCAAAAACGCCCACGUUCCAGUCGAAAUACCAUCCGAGGGCCUUUAUGAUUCAUCACUUGCCCUACCAUGGAGUCUUCAUCAGGCUGGGGACGAUUUGCUUACUGCAGCCAACAAUUCGAAAUCUCUUCAAUGCCCUGCUGGUGGCGGCGAUAAGUACGCUUUGCAAGCCGAGGAGGUCUACACGGAAGCCGAUCCGGUUCGAAUCGUUCAUCAAACCCCAGAAUUUCAAGUGACAGCUUCGAGGAGACCUUCAGCGAAAGAUAACUAUCUAGCUAAAAGGCGUAAGGCAACGUAUCGACCUCUCGCCCCGGCACAACACCCCCCGAUGAAAACUCCUCAGAUGUAUAAUGAGCGGCUGGUAACCGGGCUAGCAUUCUGCCCCACUAGCGUGCGCCAAUCUGGGAGCGAUGCACAACAGCAAGAGGACAACGAUAUACUUAACUGGAACGUUGCGACCGUCGGCGUGGCGAUGCAAAAGAUUAGCCCAGAUAGCAACGUUUUAAGACCCCAAUCCGAAACUCCCCAAAUCCAGGCCAAAGAAUCACACCCGAGCCCUCAGAACGUUCAAAAUGAUAAAGCAACAAACAUUGAUGGAGGAUUCGAAUUAUCUCCACAUCAGGAGCGCCCCUUUGCUCCGCGUCCCGGAGGCCUUAGCACACGCGAUGUGUUCAACGACAAACAUAUUUUCAAAGUGGUCGUGAAGAACAGGGCAGUGUCUAUGAGACUUCCAGACUACUACCUGAACGCCACCCAAAUAUUCCAGGCGGUCGACCUAAGUCUUUACAAGCGCAAGAAAUUACUAGCUUGUCUCCAGAAGAAUUCGCACAUAAACAAGGAAACAGAUGGGUUCUGGGUUCCGUUCAGGGAUGGUGUCUUCGUCUGCAAGGAAGUAAAGCUUUUUGAGGAAGUUAGAAACUUGUUCAAACAUGCUGACCAGCCACUCCCACCAGACAAGGAGAAUUACUUACAUCGGGCUUUUCCUAAUCACAAACCAUCCGGACUGCCGGCUGGUUAUGAGGUUUUGAAUUUCGGUAAAAACAAAAUGGUCGUUUUUCGAAAAGUCGAUGGGGCUGUCAACGCCACUCACCUGUGCGCCGGUUCUACAACAGUGCGACAGGCUCUUUGGGGGUUUCUUCGAAGCCACCCUCAAGUACGGGUUGUUGAACGCUUACAAGGAGGCAACUCGAGGGUCCAAGGAACUUACAUCGCACUUGCGGAUACUCAGAUUAUCUGCGAUCAUUUCAAUUUAGUGAACCCGAGAGAUCAGAUUUUGGCAAGAAUCCAUGCUACAGGUGCCUGUAGAUACACAUUGAGCGGCGAGCCGCCGUACAAUUUGUGUGAGGCCACCGCUAAAAACGACCAUGGAGUUGGUAACUGUACCACGCCUAAUGCCCCUGCUACUAUUUCCGGCAGGGAGAGGUCCGUUUUGGAACACAAAGAAAGGAAUGCGGAAACUAGUCCAACUCAUAAGGAAGACGACUUGUGA